UAGCCAACAUCGGAACUAUUAUUUCGUCUUUAAUUCCGUCGCGGUUUUAAUAUUUAGUGUGUCUAACGAGAUCUCGUUUUUGGCGUGAACUUGGGCAACAUUUUGUAAACAAGGACGCGCUGCAGAACUUGUCAUGUCUUAUGAUGUCAAAUAACCGCGUCUUACCUGCAAAUAACCAUGGUAAAUUACCAUUGUAUUGCCGUGGGAUGUAACAAUGACUCCAGGAAAUCUAACAGACUCAGUAAAUACCCGCAUAUGGUAGAUAAAAAUGGAAAUGUUGUCAAUUUUUAUGUAUUGCCUUCCGCAACUAAAAAUCCAAAACUUCGGCGCCAGUGGAUAAAUGCGGUACGUCGUAAAAAUUUCAAACCUAGUAACACAGAUCAUUGGCACGCAGUAUGCUCCAGACAUUUUGUAGAUGGAAGACCCACUGACACUAACCCAAUACCAACUUUAUUUGAAUAUAAUAACUACAUGCAUGACCAGGCCCAGGGUCAAGGAAAGAGGAAAACAUUGACUUCAAAAUACAACAGUACUUCAUCUUCCCAGGGAAAUGAAAGUCACUCUGAAGGAAAAAAACAAAGGACUUCACAGACUAGUGUAUUUGUCCAGCCAGUACCAGUGGCAGAGUUAUAUCAAGGCAUACAGCAUGAAAUCAUUAUUCCUGACAAGGAAGGAGGAAAAGUUCCAAUUACAACUGAUACACCAUAUUCCCUACCUGGUAUCAUGCAACAUGACCACCCAUAUGUAGCGAGUCCUGUGUCAGGUUCAUCUCAUCUUAGUGACACAGACUGGGCAGAUGCUGAUACCCAAAUAACAAAUUUGGAACAUGAAAAUAGGCAUCUGAAGGUUCAUUGUGAACAACUUGAGGAGAGGGUAGUGGCUUUUCAAGAGGAAAACACACAACUGAAAAAUCAGUUAAAUGAAAGUGAAAGACAAAGAAAGGAAGUUGAAUCCAAACUUCAAAACAAAGACAAACUUUUCCGAGAGAUUUUAAUAGAUAAACUAACGAAGUGUGACAACCAUGUAAGACUUUUUCUUGGGCUGCCUUCUCUUCUGUUUUUAAAGGGUUUGUUCGACAUAUUGAAUGGCGCAGCUUCCAGUAUGAAGUAUUGGACUCGUAGAUCAUCAAGUCAUGAAAAAAAGUGGCACUCAGAAAAUUUAAGGAGACCUGGUAAACAAAGAAAACUGCAGUUAUUUGAAGAAUUCAUUUUGGCACUACUUCGUCUGCGUUUAGGCCUGAACACCAUGUUCUGUUCAGUUUUGUUUGGUGUGUCUCAGUCCACAGUUUCUUCCAUAUUCACCACAUGGAUGUGUUUCCUAGAUCAGCAAUUAAAACCAUUACUUAAGUGGCCAUCAAGGCAAAAAAUAAAAAAGCAUAUGCCUCUUUCCUUCCGUUUAAAAUACCCAAACACAAGAGUCAUAAUUGAUGCAACAGAGAUCUUUGUUCAACGUCCGAGGAAUCCUUCAGCUCAGAGCAGAACUUGGUCAAAUUACAAAAACAAGAACACUUUCAAAGCACUGGUUGGGAUUUCACCAAAUGGGGCCUUUACAUUCAUAUCUGAAUUAUGGUCUGGAAACAUUUCAGAUCGCAGCAUUACUCUGAGAAGUGGAUUUCUAGAUCUUAUUCAGCGAGGUGAUCAUGUUAUGGCAGAUCGCGGAUUUCUAAUUAAUGACCUCCUUCUUCAAAGGGGAGCCCAGCUGAAUAUGCCACCAUUUUGUCGGCCAUGUCAGUAUGGAAAAGGCAAAUACUUGACAUCUAAACAAAUUAAGGAGUCGAAAAACAUUGCCUCAUUGCGCAUUCAUGUGGAGCGUGCAAUUCAGAGACUGAAAAGUUACAAAUUCUUUGAUGGUAUUAUGUACAUAAAAUCAUUGUCUGUUGCAAAUCAAGCCUUACAAGUAGCGGGUAUUUUUUGUAAUUUUAUGGCUCCCCUUGUCAGCAAAGUUCAGAAAAAAUAAGAUUUUCUAACUAAGUAAAUAAAAUACCAUGAUUAUUGUUUGCAAGUGCUAUAACAUUACAAGUGCAACAACUUAAAUUUUGUGCCAAAAGUUCAUUCUUUCACAUUAUUUAUUUGAUAUUUAUUUAGUUCACUGUUUUGAAUGAAGGAAGUUUUAUGUUAGUGUUAUCUGUUAUGUACUGUUAUAUUGACAUAUCUAUUAUUACAGAUUUACUGAUUAAAAGUUUAUAUGAAGGACAAAUCUUUUUUAUCAGUGUUCCGUAAUGCUGCACUAAGUCUGCAAUAUUCAAAGCAUGUAGGAAAAAAAAUGACUGAUUUGGAUAUGUUUCGAACAAUUUCUUUAAUUUUUUAAAUAUAAAUUGCAUAAUAAUAAAUUCAGUUGAUGAUGAUUUUU